AUGAGUUCGAUAAUAAGCAGCAUAAAGUUCUAUAUCAAGUCAACGAUAUUUGGCGCUUUAAUUAGUGGUUGUGCAAUAUAUGGGGUAUUUGCAUCAAUUUUGUUGAGACUUAUUGGAAAGAAGGAAUAUGCUCAAUACACCGUUGCUAGGGCAUUCUAUUUUACCUUUUCCACUAUACUUGGUGUAAAGAUUACUAUCAAGAAUGAACAUUUCUUGCACGAUGUACCGGGUAUUGUUAUUUCAAACCACCAAUCAGCAUUAGAUAUUUUGAUGUUGGGAAAAGUAUUUCAACCAGGAUAUACAGUAACAGCUAAAAAGGCUUUACAAUACUUCCCAUUCUUGGGGUGGUUCAUGUUGGCUUCUGGUACGUUCUUCUUGGAUAGAGCUAGGGGAGAAAAAGCUAGAAAAGUUUUGGAUAAUGCCUUAAAAACCUUGAAGGCUGAGAAGAGAGCAUUAUUCAUGUUUCCUGAAGGUACAAGAUCUGCUACCAAAGAAUUAGAAAUGUUACCUUUCAAGAAAGGUGCAUUCCACUUAGCACAGCAAGCAGGUAUACCAAUUAUUCCAGUUGUGGUUAGUAACACCUCAACCAUCUUUAAUGCCAAGGAUAGAGUGUUUAAUUCUGGGGAAAUUUUUAUUGAGGUUUUAGAACCGAUAUCCACUAAUGCUUUAGAAACAAGCAGCGAUGUAAGUGCGUUCUCAUUAAAAGUUAGACAAGAAAUGAUAGAAGCUUUACAGCAUGUUGGUUAUUCAAGAACACUGGGCACCUCUGCUGAACAAUCAUCUGUGAGCGACAACACGGAUGAGGAUAUCACCGAUAUCGAUACCGAUACAGACCCAGAACAAAAUGAGCUUUCUGAAGAAACUCCAUUAAUGGCAAAAUGA